UGCCGAAAUUGAUAACUAGUAAAUGGGAGUGCUAGGCGCUAGCACUAGGUCGAGCCAACUCCAAUUAAAAGACAAACUCCAGCGUCAUUCUUUGAGCACUUUUGGUACAUGUAUCAAGGAAAUAUUCAACCUUUGAGUCGGUUCUACCCAAAAUAGCCGUGUCCUUUUAAAAAUAAGCAGGGUUAAACAGAUCAAAACCGUUUUUAAUCCCUCGGUCUGUUCCCUCCUUGAACGGGCAGGCCUCAGGCCAGCAACAGUCUACGCUCGCUCCGCCAAAAAUGGCUGUCCAUCUCGGCCGUCUACUUCCCUCCUUCGCCGCCCGAAACCCGUUGGUUCCAAAAUCCCAGCUGUCCACCAAACUAAGCGUCUCCUGCUCCGCUACGAACCACUCUGUCAAGUUUAAGAGGGACUACACGAGCGUCAUGAUAGUCCCGACGGGGAUAGGAGCCGCAAUUGGUGGAUUCGCAGGAGACGCUCUGCCCGUAGCUCGCGCUCUCUCCUCCGUCGUCGAUUGUCUCAUCACUCACCCUAAUGUGCUCAAUGCGGCGAUGCUGUACUGGCCCAUGCCCAAUGUUUUGUACGUUGAAGGCCACGCUCUUGACCGGUUUGCUGAAGGAUUAUGGGCCUUAAAGCCUGUUCAUCAAAACAAGGAUCAUGGAUGUACUGCUGUCAGUGAUAUGAAUCAGGUGGGAUUGGUUCUUGAUGCUGGAAUAGAGGAAGAUCUUCGGAUACGCCAUUUACAAGUUGCUGAUGCUGUAAGGGCUUCCCUUGGAUUGCCUGUGGUGGAAUAUAUUGUAACUGACACCCCUUUGGAGGUAGAAAAGUGGGUUGAUCCAAAGAAUGGGCAAUCAACAGGGAGGCUUAAACACCCUGACUCAUUACUGAGAGCUGUACAGACUUUAGUUAGCCGUUCAGGGGUGAAUGCCAUUGCAGUUGUUGGACGCUUCCCAGAUGAUGAUGAUGCUGAAGGCACGGAUAACUAUCGACAAGGGAUGAUAGGGCAUCAUUACUUUUUAGUUCCAGCAACAACACUGAAGGGAAUAGAUCUAUUGGCAGGGGUGGAGGCAGUUAUAAGUCAUUUGGUGGUGCAGGAAUUCCAAAUUCCUUGUGCGCAUGCUCCUGCAUGUUCACCUUUUCUCCUGAGCAUAUCACUGUCCCCAAAAUCAGCUGCUGAGGAGUUAGGACACACAUUCUUGCCAUGUGUGCUUGCUGGGCUAAGUAAUGCACCACAAUACUUGGUCAAGAACAAUGAUUCCUUGGAGAAGGGUUGCAUACUGGCAAGUGAUAUUGAUAGUGUGAUUCUUCCAAUUGAUGCGUGUGGAGGAGAUGGUGCUCUUGCUUUUGCAAGGAUCAAGAGGAACAAGCCACUUAUUAUUACUGUGGAGGAAAAUGAAACAGUUCUCAAUGAUACACCAGAUAAGCUUGGCAUUGAAGCGGUCCAGGUCUCAAACUACUGGGAAGCCAUUGGCGUCAUCGCAGCUCACAAAGCAGGAAUAGAUCCACAUUCACUCAGAAGAACCAGAAUAAACAACAUUCCAUGCAAUUCUUCCCUGCUUGCCAAUGGUAAUGUGUUUUCAAGUAUUAUGCCCAUCACCUGAUCAAUGUUGCGGAGCCUAUGGUUGCAGGAUUUUUUUUUUUUUGGGGGGGGGGGGGGGGGG